CAUAUAAUAAAGUGUUUUAUUUUUACAGUGUGUCUCAAAAUUAAAAAAAAAACAAAAGAAACUGAGUAUGACGGAAUGGGAGUUAAUGUCUGGAGCUGGCGUUUUGAGGACACCAACCAGCUAAGUUGCGCGUGGUACGUUUCCAAGCUAUUCCCGGCAUCCCUUGUAUCUUUUGCGCCAGAAAUAAAGGUCAGCGGUGCAUAGAGUGAAAUCAAGAUGGCGGCUGAAGCGAAGGAAAUAACAGUUCUAAAGAAAGGUAGGGAUGAAGAAUCAGUGGACAAAACUGUGCUACAGAAAUAUCAUCGAGGUAGACAAAAUAGGUUUAAGAAUUUAAGAGACAAGAAACUGCGAGGGAAACUCAGGUCGUACGAGUCACAGUAUCAACAAGCUGCGGUACAGGCCGCUAAAUCUGAGCUACUUCUGACCGAGGAACCAGGGUAUUUAGAAGCUGAAGGUCUAGAGAAAACCUUUAAAUUCAAGCAAAAGAAUAUUGCAGAAGUUGUUGAUGUCACAAGUGCUAGAAAGUAUUUUGAGCUAAAGCUUGACAAGUUUGGACCCUAUCGUAUAAAUUACACACGUAAUGGAAGAUUUCUUCUUAUUGGUGGGAAGAAGGGCCAUCUGGCCACAAUGGACUGGCAAAAUAAGAAACUGGGCUGUGAAGUUCAUGUACUGGAGACAGUCAGAGAUGUUAGAUGGUUACAUAUUGAGACCAUGUUUGCAGUUGCCCAAAAGAAAUGUGUCUUCAUUUAUGACAACAAUGGCAUUGAACUUCACUGCCUUAAAAACCACAGACAAGUGAACAGAUUAGAGUUUUUACCUUACCAUUUCCUUCUCGCUUCAGUGGGGGAUUAUGGCAUUCUCAAGUAUCAAGAUACAUCAACAGGCAAACCAGUGGCUGAAUUGUUUACAAAGCUUGGGAGGUGUGACUGUAUGACUCAAAAUCCUUAUAAUGCUGUUAUUCACCUGGGACACUAUAAUGGUACAGUAACACUUUGGGCUCCUAACAUGAAAGACCCACUUGUGAAGAUGUUGUGCCACAGAGGACCUGUGCAGGCAAUUGCAAUUGACAACAAAGGACAUUACAUGGCAACAUCAGGCCUAGAUGGACAAAUGAAGAUUUGGGAUGUAAGAACCUACAAGCAACUUCAAGCGUAUUAUACUCCAACACCAGCAAGCUGUCUUGCCAUCAGUCAGCGAGGACUGCUUGCUGUGGGCCAUGGACCACAUGUCCAGAUAUGGCGAGAUGCUUUCACUCAGAAGCAAAAGUCACCCUACAUGUCACAUCUGUUUCCAUCAUGUACAGUACAUGGAAUGCAGUUCUGUCCAUUUGAGGAUGUGCUGGGUGUGGGUCACUCACAAGGAUUUGGCAGUCUACUUAUACCUGGUGCCGGUGAACCUAACUUUGAUGCACUGGAAGCUAAUCCUUACCAGACCAAAAAGCAAAGACAAGAGUUUGAAGUAAAAGCCUUAUUAGAAAAGAUUCAACCAGAGCUAAUAACACUAAACCCAAUGGAUAUUGUACAUGUGAAUCACCCAUCAAAAAAAGGUGCUAGAAAAGCGGGCCAGAAUGACGAUGAUGAUGAUGAGCAAACAAAUUCUAAAGAGAAAUUUGAACCAAAAUACAAAAUGAAAGGGCGUAGCUCUUCAAAGAAACAACACCUUAAAAAGAAGGGUCAUGAACAACAAGAGAAAAAGGAAAAAAUUAGACAAACAAUGCAACGCAAGAGAAAAGAGACAAGAACAAACAACAUGAACGAAAGAAGACCUCUUGAAAAAUCAUCUGCAUUGGAUAGAUUUCAGUCUAAGGCAAAGUAACUUAAAUCAACAGAAAGUCAUCUAGGAGAGCUCUUUUAAUUUUUAUAAUUAAAUUUAUUCCUGUCAACCUCCUAAUAAAUAUUACUUUCAAAUAA